AUGCUACAAGAACAAGAUCAUGAAUCAUUGCGUCUAAACGCUGAGACUCUGAAGAGCGAACUUGAGGACUUGCAGAUAUUGAACGACUCGGAACAAAGGCUACAAGAACAAGAUCAUGAAGCAUUGUGUCAGGCUAAACAAGGUCUCCUCAGUGUGCAAAACCAACUCGCGAAGAAGACAAUAGAGCGGGAGGAAUUUGAAAGAAGAUUGGUCAAGCAGGAACUGGGAGAGGAAGCUGAUUCCGAUACUGCGAAGCUCUGGAUUAUGAGCAUUAGGAAUGCUGGUUUAAGCCAGCAGCGACGUUACGCAAAGAGAAUGCGCUUUUGGAGGAAGAUUGCGAGAGAGCGUCGCAGCAGCUCCGAGACCACCAAAUAUUGGUAUAUUCCUGAAAUCCUUGAUCAUUGCAUGAUGAACAUGAGAAGCGAGAUUCCGAGGUUGAAGCUUUGCAACAGGAGAAUGUGUGGUGAAGAUAUCGAUGAUCUUCAUUACUUCGAGCUAAUGAUGCUUGAAAUGGAGAUUCAAACUGGUCUGCUUAACAUGGGAAGCUUGGUUGUAAGAAAGGAAAUGGCAGCAAUGGAAAGUCGUCUGAAGAAGAAGAGCACUUCUUGCAUUGAUUGA